AUGGAGAUAUACUCCUUAAUUUCAUCAUGGGGUUUAGAGUUUGAAGAUUCAGUGGACACGGUGAAGAGGGUUCUGAGAGCUCUAAUAUCAAAUGAGUAUCUCUUGGGCAUGGAAUCUAUCUGCGAAUGUGCAAUACCUAGAGUGGGCAUUGAUGUCUCUGAAGGAGUGGAUGAGCCAGUGUAUUAUAUUCCUUUCAUACAAUGGAAAGAAGAUGAAAUGAAGGCAAGAUUUAGGACUCUUGCAAAUCGGGGAUGGGAGGCUUUGAAGACAUUUGUAGAGUUGAUGAGAUUAGAAGCUGUGAUAAGGGAUGCAAGAAAUGAGAGCUGUGCAAAUCUUGCAGUGUUCAGCUUAUCUGCUAAUCUGGCGGUGUUCUUGAUCAAAGAAUACAAGAUGGGUUACUUUGCAGCUGCAAAUAUUUCAACCCUUUGGGGUGGAUUAAACUUUAUAGCAGCCAUUGCUGGUGCUGUUGUGGCAGAUUCUUAUCUAGGAAGGUUUUGGACAAUCCUCUUUGCCUCUUUCUCAUACAUACUGGCAUUGCUACUCAUGACAGUGGUAUCUGUUGUUAUAGAUCAAAUAAGAGGAACUGAAUAUGACAUUGUACUGCUUUAUAUAUUUCUGACACUAAUGGUUGUGGGCUCAAGUGGGGUGAAGUCAUCAUCCAUACCCUUUGGUGCAGAGCAAUUUGACAGCAUUGAUGACAAGGACAGGAAAAAUCAGCAAAGCUUUUUCAAUUGGUAUUAUUGUGCAUCUACUGUUUCUAUCAUGUUGGGCCUCACCUUUCUUGUUUAUAUACAAAGUAAUGUCAGCUGGCAAUGGGGAUUCGGUCUGGCUACUAUACUUAUGAUUAUAUCCACUCUCAUUUUCACUCUUGGAUCGAAGUAUUAUAUCAUGGUCACUCCACAAGGCAGUGCCUUGACAGCCUAUGUUCAAGUGAUCGUUGCAUCUAUUAGUAAGAGAAACUUGGUUUUGCCCUCUGAUCCAACAGAAUUGUACGAUGUGCCUUUGGACAAAGGAAAAGAUGAUUUGAAACUCUCUUCAACAGACCACUUCAAGUUUCUGAACAAGGCGGCUAUAAUCAAUAGAGAAGAUGAAAAGGAGCAUACCUCCACACCCAAUCCAUGGAAGCUCUGCCCAGUUCAGAAAGUAGAAGAGCUCAAAUCAGUGAUAAGAAUAAUACCCAUCUGGAGCGUAGAAAUAUUGGUGUCCAUCAUCUUGCUGGGCACCGCUAGCACUUACAUGAUAUACCAGGCAAUGAUUAUGCACAGAAAACUGAGCCCCCAAUUCGAAAUACCACCGGCCUCCAUGAGUGUCUUCACCCUCUUAACCAUAUCCAUUUGGCUGCCCAUCUAUGACAAACUCAUAAUUCCACUUUUCCGUCGCUUAACAAACAAAAGCCGAGGCAUUGGCUUAAUUGAAAGGAUGAGAAUGGGCCUUGUCAUCUGUGUGCUCACCAUGGUCGUAGCAGCACUGGUAGAAAUUAAGCGUAAAAAUAGCAGGGAGCCCAUCUCUGUGUUUUGGCUGGCACCACAAUAUUGUCUGCUAGGCCUGGCUGAAGCCUUUUAUGGUGUUGGUAUGAUUGAAUUCUUGUAUGUGCAGUUUCCCCAGAGCAUGAGAAGUACAGCUGUGUCAUUGCACUGGUGUGGCAUGGGUGUGGGUUUGUUACUCAGCAGUGUUGUUAUUACAGUGGUGCAUAAUGCCACUGGUGGGAACAGAAAAAAUGCUUGGCUGAAUGAAAACCUGAAUGAGGGGCGCCUCGAGUGUUUUUAUUGGUUUUUUGCAGCCCUUGGUCUGCUUAACUUGUUUUAUUUUCUUUUCUGUGCAAGGCUGGUGAGAAACCCCUGCAACAACAAUGCUGAUCAACAGCAGGAAAACAAACAAGUAUCAAUGCCUAUCUAA